CCAGCAUCAAUCCACGUCACGCUACCGGCUUCCCGUCUGGUCAUCGGAACCCAUUGAUUCCCGUAAUAGCUAUCAUCAUGGCACCAAUUGUCAAGGUUGCUGUCAUUCAGUUGUACCCGAAGCCUAUGCAACUCGAGCACAACUUCAAUAAGGCUGCGCAGUUUGUAAGAAGUGUGGCGACGCAGGGAGCGGAGUUGGCUGUUUUGCCUGAGUACCAUCUCACCAACUGGCAACCGAAAUCGCCCGGGUUCUUCGACCUGUGCGACCAGUGGGAAACGUACCUCAAGAAAUAUCAAGCUCUAGCGAAAGAGUGCGGGAUAUGCAUCGUCCCUGGGACCAUCGUCGAGAGCCACAGAGAGAAUGAGAAUGAGGAGGAUCGACUUCUAAACGUAGCAUACUUCAUCGAUCACGAUGGCGAAAUAAAAGGCAAAUACGUCAAGAAGAACUUGUGGGGGCCCGAACGCGAGCACCUCACCAGCUCCAGCCGCGACGUCCACGAAGUCUUCGACACGCCCCUCGGCAAAGUCGGCUUGCUCAUCUGCUGGGACCUAGCCUUCCCCGAAGCCUUCCGCGAGCUUAUCGCGCAGGGCGCCAAAAUCAUCAUCGUGCCCACGUUCUGGACGCUGAAUGAUUGUAAUGAGGCGGGCCUGAAGUUGAAUCCAUGUGCGGAAGCCUUGUUUCUGGAUAGUAUGUUGACGGCGCGGGCGUUUGAGAAUACUUGCGCGAUUGUGUUUGCGAACGCGGGAGGGCCGCCAGGGAGGGGGUAUGCUGGGUUGUCGCAGGUCGUGGUGCCUUUCGUGGGAGCACUGACGAGACUGGGGAGCUGUGCCGAGGGAAUGAGCGUUGUGGAUGUGGAUAUGCAGAUUCUGGAAGACGCAGAGGAUAACUACAAGGUACGGAGUGAUCUGGCGAGGGAUGACUGGCACUACGAUUAUAGGCAUUCGAAAGUGAAAGAGAGAUUAUGAGGGGAAAUGUCAAGUUUUGGACUUGGGAUAGCCUAUCUUGAAGUUUGUUCGGGGCAGUGGGCGUAGGUCGGUCGAAAACACGCUAUUGGCCAGCUAGACACACGCAGCCUGCUCAUCAUUCAUCGCAAACC